CCUCGUUGCUCUUCAGAGACCCCAGUUGCAGCCACCUCGUUUGGCAACCACGCUAGUAGUCACUUGUCAACCGAUGCGGAGUGCGCACGUGUUAACCCGGCUUUAAAACGCGGCACAAAUUUAUACCGUGAAAAGAUAAAAAUAUAUAAAAGAGACUAUUUAAAAAUUGUGAAGAAAAAUUUUCCUUAGUUGUCGUUGCUGUUAAUUAUGGAUUUUUUAUGGACGAACUUUGAGGAAUUUAGUGUUGAAAAUAAAUCAUAAAAAUUUAAAUAAAGAAGAAAAUGGCAACGAUUUGUUUUGGACCUCCUCCACUUCCUCCAAAUAAAAAAUCUUUAAUCAAUAGUAAUGGUUACUCAAGAAAUAGAAAACACAGCCACAGUUUGUUAUCGUCAACUUAUCACAGUUUUCGCGAUCCCGUCGAAGAUGAAAUCAAUAUCGUUCCGACUGAAGAAAUAGAAUUAGUCGAAUUAAAAACUAAAUCAAUAAGGAAAGUGAUGCACGCGAAUUCGAUGAAUAGAGGUUACGACAAACCUGUAUGUUUAGUAAGAAGUGCUUCGGAUGGGAAUUUACAUAAGAAGAAGACGACCCCUUCACCUAUGACACUGAAUAAGUACAUAAAAGUGCUUAGCGGCAGUUGGAAGAAUCUACUUAACUUAGGCGGAAUGUCGCGGCCACCGAAGCCAGCGGCAACCGCAAAAAAGGUGGCCCCACCGGCGGUACCUCAUGAAUUUCGUCAUUCCGGAAGUAGUUUUGGAUCGGCAGGUUACGCAUCUUCGGAGGAUGCAGGAUUUUUAGCUACAUCUGACAACGCAGGUGUACCUUGUAGAGAUGAUCACUCAGAUUAUGGUAGCACAGUAAGCGGAAGUACUGGAAAAUCACCCGGACCACUCUAUACACCACCUACAUUUACAUUUCCUACACAACCAGGCACUAUGUUAACUCAUAAAGCUGCUGUUUAUUAUCAUCAUCAGUUGAGUUUACAAGAAGAUCAAGGGAUUGAUAUGACACAGUCUCCUGGAAGAGAUAGUCCUGGUUCUUCAAGUGGUAGUGCCGGAUCGGGUUCAAGACAUAGUACAGCAAGUUUAGAUAGUGGUAGAGCUUCGUAUCAUCCAUUAAGUACAGCAGGAAGAAGUACAAUUGGUUCUUCAAAUAGUCCAAGAUGUUCCUUAAGUUCAUGUUCGAUAGGCUCCGAACACGGAAGAAUCGAAAGAAUGAUCCAUCAAGGAAUCCCGGAUCAAGAUAUUAUACACACCUUUUUGGUUGAUUUACAACUCGAGGAAUAUUUCCCUUUAUUCGUAACUGCCGGUUAUGAUUUACCGACGAUGGGGCGAAUGACACCGGAAGAUUUAACAGCUAUCGGAAUCAAAAAACCGAAUCAUCGUAAAAAGUUAAAAGCUGAAAUCGCCCAAUUAAAUUUACCGGAUAAUUUACCUGAUUUUAUUCCGGGUUCUUUAGAAGAAUGGUUACAAAUCCUACGAUUGGAAGAGUACCAACCCAAUUUUUUGGAUCAGGGUUAUCAUACGAUAGAAGCAGUUGCCCAAUUAACUUGGGAAGACUUGGAAGAAUUCGGUAUCGUUAAACUUGGCCAUCAAAAGAAAAUUAUUUUGGCGAUUAAACGAAUCAAGGACAUAAAAGCUGGGAAACGGUUCGACAUGAACAGAUCAUACACCCAGCAGGUACGAGACGACGAACCAACCUACUGUGAUGUGGUCGUGCACGCUCCAUUGGGGCCACCGUCCCCGGGCGUCCCCACCGUCCACAGCACGUUUCGUUCCUUCCAUCAACCCUGGGAGAUCGACCAGACCAGACAAUUGGCGGCAUCGGCUACUCACUACAUGCAGCCCGUGUAUUGCACUGACAUUGUUCCCAUCAAGAUUCGAACAGGAAGAGGAAAAUCAUUAGAAUCCCUAGAAGAUCCAACAGAACGAACCCAUCACACUUUUUGUCCAGAAAACACACAAACUUUUUAUUACACCCAGCAAGGAAUGGCUUGGAGACCAAGAUCUUACGACGAUGGUGAUAUAACACCCACAAACGAAUCAGGAUUACUUUACGAAGGGGGUGGAACCCUUCCGAGACCUAGAGGAGUAAUCAGACCACGUCCCAUCGCGAAAAUUCCAGCGAAAGCGCGCGAAUCGUUCCAAGACUUCGAAAAACCUCAAUUCAACCCGGAAAAAUACACAACACCUCAAUACAAAACGCUUCCAAGGGAUUUAAUUGAUACCACUAAAUACCAUCUACAAUACGGGAGCCCCAUGAUGGGUAAAAAAAUGCCGCCAAGUCCGCCAAAAAGACUUGAUUCAUGCGAUGGACAAGAACAAACAACCACGGUUGAAAUUCAUCACGUUCAAACGUCUAGUCCAUUGCCUUUACCUGCUUAUCCAAGUUCGGAUAGUUUGAGUAUAUCUUUGGAUAGUCAAGGUGAUUUACCUUUACCACCACCUCCAGCCCCUGGAACACCACCAGGUGCGCAUCAACCCAAAAUGAAUCCAUCAAGAUCGUGGGGCGCGGAAGAACAGGAAUUAAUUAAUACGUUAGCUUUACAACAUCGGAAUGGCUCGGAUGCUAGUUUUAAGUCAAGCUCGAGUACUGAAUCCGAUUCACUGCCAUUUGCUAACGAAAACGCGGGAACAAUACGAACAAGAGCUGGUGGUAGACAAGUAGAAUUUGCACCGUGCCCUUCAAGAGCAGGUCUUCCACCACACCCCUCACCAACGCCCAACAGACAACAACAGCAACAACAAAGAGCACAAAGAAACGAACCGGUGGACGUUUUAAACGAUAUCGGAAACAUGUUGGCUAAUUUAACGGACGAACUGGAUGCGAUGUUAGAAGAGGAGAAACGAUUAGAACAGUGAGAUCAAUUCAUAAAUAUUAAUUAAGAGUUAAAAUGCUGAAGAAUGAUAAAAGUUGAAUUUGCGGAGAUCUUCAAAGACUGAAAUGUUCUUGAAUGCCCUAUUUUGUUUAUUUAGACGAAGAUUAAAGAAAAGCUUUUUUAAAAAACUUUUGAUUAAAUAUAAGUUUUAUAAUUACUUAGCUCGUGAAUUUGUAAAUAGAAUUUUUUGAUGCGGAUUUUUUUUUAAUUAGUUAGUAUCGCGGAUGAUUUUUAUUGUAAAUAGUAAUUAUUUUAAAUUUUUUAGAGUUUUAUUAUCUAUAAUACAGCUACUUAUUUUUUUUAAUUACAAUCAUGGUUAGGUUAGGUACGGAGAUGUAGUUUCAUUCUUUUUUAAUUAAAAAUAUGCGACAUUUCUUUUUAUUAUUAAAUAAAAAAGGAAACAUGUUCUUUAUCAAACUCUUUAUUUUAUAAUGUAGUUUUCCAUUUAUUUUUUAUUGAGGUACUAAAAUAUUCCAUAUAUUUGAGUUGUCUACUUCACUAAUUUGUAGAGCUUUUAUUUAUUAAUAAAAAGAAACUUAAUUAAUAAAUAUACAUACUGGGUG